AUGGUGAAAUGGGCUCGUGCUCAGCUUCUUUACUCCGAUAUGCUUCACAGGGUCGGGCCGCUUCGAAACGAAUUGAGCCGGCUUCAAGCCGAAGUUGCGAAGAAGGAGAAGCAGGGAGAGGAGAUCAAGGCUCGCAUUGGUCAGUUGGAGCAAUCCAUUGCGGCGUACAAGGACGAAUAUGCACAGCUGAUCGGACAGGCCGAGAACAUCAAGGCCGAUCUCAGCACGGUUCAAGAGAAGGUCGAGCGCUCGCAACAACUACUCAGUUCGCUGGGUUCGGAACGCAACCGCUGUACAGGCAGUUCGGACAGCUUCUCGCAGCAAAUGGGCACACUGGUGGGAGAUGCAAUGCUAUCGGCGGCCUUCCUGGCAUACGCCGGCUACUUUGAUCAGCUUCUACGUGACCAUCUCUUCUACAAGUGGGUCGAUCAUGCGCAAAAGGCUGGCAUCAAGUUCCGGGCGGAUCUCGCACGCAUUGAGUAUCUCAGCACGAUGGACGACCGGAUGGCUUGGAAUCGGAACGGUCUGCUUGUUGACGAUCUAUGCAGUGAAAACGCGAUCAUGCUGCAUCGUUUCAACCGCUACCCGCUUGUGAUCGACCCUUCGGGCCAGGCCAUCGACUUCAUCAUGAAGCAGUUUGAGGCAAAAAAGAUCCAGAAGACUUCGUUCCUGGAUACCGCGUUCCGAAAGCAACUCGAGUCGGCUCUUCGUUUUGGAAAUGCGUUGCUCGUGCAAGAUGUCGAGAGCUACGAUCCAAUCCUGAACCCAGUGCUCAACCGAGAAAUUCGCAGGGCUGGUGGCCGCAUCCUGAUCACAAUCGGCGAUCAAGAGAUUAUUCUGUCGCCUUCCUUCGAGAUAUUCCUCUUCACUAGGGACUCAUCGGCCGAAUUCCCACCAGAUAUCUGCUCGCGUGUCACCUUCGUCAACUUCACCGUCACAUCCUCAUCGCUGUCCAGCCAUUGCCUGAACCAAGUGCUGAGGAGCGAGCGACCUGACGUGGACAAGAAGCGAAGCGAUCUCCUGAAACUUCAGGGCGAAUUUGCGGCUCGUCUCCGACAACUUGAAAAGGCUUUGCUCUCCGCACUGAAUGAAAGCAAGGGCAAAAUCCUCGACGAUGACUCGGUUAUUGGAACAUUGGAGAAGCUGAGGACUGAAGCAAAUGAAGUCCAGAAGAAGGCAGCCGAGACGGACCAAGUUAUGGCCGAGGUCGACACGGUCUCGAGCCAAUACUCGCCUCUAGCCGCCGCUUGCUCUCAAAUCUAUCAUGCGCUGCAGCAGCUUGGCGAGGUGCACUUCCUCUACCAAUAUUCGCUCGAUUUCCUCAUUGGCAUCUUCACGAACACGCUUGCAACCGAGGACCUCAGCGGUGUUAGCGACUACAAGCAGCGCCUUGACAUCAUUACACGCGCUUUCAAGACUGUCUAUGGGCGUGUGUCGCAGGGUAUGCUUCAUGCUGAUAAGUCCGUGCUAGCCUUGCUACUGCUGAGAAUCUACGUGAAGGGAUCCGCAAACACUUACGAUGUGCAAUGGAACCAUUUGCUGGGCCGAGGCGAAAACACGAUCAGCACGGUUGAUGAAGGAAAGAAAUACUCUGAGCUUACCUUCCUCACCGCUGGCCAACGCACAGCACUGGCCAAGUUGGCCAAGGUCCCUGGAUUUACCCAAGCGCCCACGAGCGUCUCUUCCAAGGCAAACGAGGUAGCGAAAUGGUUAGUGGAAGAGCAGUCCGAGAACAACGUACCUGUGCUCUGGAACGAGAGCGACAAUAAACUUUCUGAUAUGGGAGCCGCCCUUUACCGCACGAUCGUCAUUCACACCCUACGCGCCGAUCGCCUGCUUGCUUCCGUUCAUCAGCUCGUUGAGACGGUCUUUGGACAGGCGUUCAUGGCCCAGGAUCGAGUCAUCGAUCUAGCGAGGAUUACGGAGACUGAGGUUGAAGACUUGGCUGUUGAACAAGGAAAGGAAGUCACCCCAAUAGCCAUUGGAUCGGCAGAAGGCUUCGAUCAAGCUGAAAAGUCUCUGGUCUCCGCAACCAAUUCCGGACGUUGGGUGUUGUUGAAGAACGUGCACUUGGCCCCAUCAUGGUUGGGACAAAUCGAAAAGCGCCUCCACUCUCUGAAGCCGCAUCCGUCCUUCCGCCUGUUCCUCACCGCCGAAAUCAAUCCGAAGCUGCGAUCAUCGAUUCUACGCACCUGUCGUGUUGUGGUGUUCGAACCAGCCACCGGGCUCAAGGCCAAUCUUUUGCUCUCUCUGACAUCCAUUCCUGCAGCUCGGCUGUCAAAAGCACCUGCCGAGCAAUCUCGUCUGUAUCCGCUUUUCCGCUUCUUCGAGCGGGAGGUUAACCUCGGAGCGAGCCUCCUUGUCGACAUGCGCCAGGAUCUGCAAGAGAUUUUGGACAUCUGCCGAGGCGAGAAGAAACAAACGGACGAGUCACGCGCCCUCGCAGCCUCACUCCAACGUGGUCAAGAAGUGGCCCUGGGCACCCGGCUGCCGCUCUACCUCUAUGGAGACCGUCGUCAUCUCGAUGUCUCCGCCUGCUUCAAAGCCAGCAACGAAGCGGCGAAAAGGAGAUUCCGCGCCCUGGCCGAAAAAGGUGCUGCCAUAUUUUCUUCAUGCGCGUACGAAAAUCAGCUUGAUCUGGAGGCGCAGAUCACAAUCCGUUUUGUCGGCGAGGAUGGGAGCGAAUUGGGCGACGGGGGCAUCGUUCUCCCUUCGGGUGUUUCGGUCGGCAUCCUACAGCAGCUUUGUAACACUCUUCUCGAAUCUGGCGAUGACCCAGUUCCAAUCUCGUUCUUUACUGAAGAAGGGCAUGAAAUUCGCGACACCGUCAACGGUUCACAGGAUACGAUUGAUCAAGAAAAAACCCUAACACUGGUCUAUGCGCCUCAGACUGUUUUCCGCGUGCGAGCAAGCACGAGAUGUUCAUCUUCAAUGCCGGGACAUGGAAAGCCGGUGGUGUCAGCUCAAUUUAGUCCUGAUAGCAGG